UCAUAUACCUGGAGGAGAGAAAACCAGCGACUCGUCGCAACGGAAUGGCCUGCCUGGGACGUCGGUCGAGCGCGUCACCUCCGACGCUCGGUUAGCCGGAUCAGGAACCUCACGGACCGCGCCGGAUCGACCGCGAAGGAUGGGCUCGGAGGCCUGGGAACUGGAGAGGAGGUACUCCGUGCCAGGAGCUCUGGACACGAGGGGCCUGGAGCCUCCUGCGAGCGAGGAUCUGCACGCUUGGUCGAUCUACAGACAAAAUCUGAACUCGGACUUCACGGACUCGGCCCUGGGCUCUGCGGAGAAGUCCCCUCUGCCUUAUGGAAACUUCCAGUUGCGAGAUUCAACGGUGCAGAGCAUCUUGCGGCAUCCUCGAUAUGGACCGAAAAGUCCUCUCGCCAGCAACUCCUACACCUACCUUAAAUUCGGACUCCCGAGGGUCCUGCCGCCCUCCAGGAUGCGAGAUGGCUCCAGUGGGUACGACUCCAGCGAGGAGGGUCGCAGGAUAUCCCACGGAAACGGUCCCAGGGCGAGCUCGGUGAUGCGCUCGGCAAGGAGCGACCCUGACUUCAGGCACGUCCACGCGAUGCCCAGAGAGACGGCCCACUCGCAGAUCCUCGUUAAGGACACUACGAGGACAAGGAGCGUCAGCGAAGCGAACCUGCUGAAUCCUGGAAGACCCAACAGACGGCACAGCAUAGCGCCCGUGGAUCCCGGAUACGGACACGGAGUCCUGGGGCCGGAGUCCUAUCAUCCGGUACCCUUGAGACCGGUUGCUUGUCUUCAGCAUCCGCAUCUUCAGCUAAGAGGAAUCGAGGCCUCCGGGUCCAAUGGGCUGCCCCUGCUCAGGGGAAUAUCCUUGGAGGCUGGGGCCACGGAGGUCCUGGCUGUUAUGUCCACGACCGAGAGAGAGGGGACUCUGAUCGUCGAGACUAUCUCUGGCAGGAGGAAGGUCAAGCGCGGAGAUAUCCUGCUCAAUGGUCGUCCUGUCUCGGCCAACACGUUACGCUCUCGAGUUUCGUAUCUACCGGCGGAGAGUGGACUCACUCCAGGACUCACUGCCCAGCAGACUCUCAGUUUCUACAUGCUGCUGAGGAAAGGCUCGGGAUCCUCCAGUCUGGAAGCCGAAGCAAUUCUCCAAGAGUUGGGCCUGGAAGCCUCGAAACACUGCUUGGUCAACACUUUAACGACCUCUGAGGCCAGAAGGCUGGCUCUGGCCUGUAGACUGCUGCAGGAUUCCCACAUCCUCACUCUGGACAGACCAACUCACGGCCUGGACAUCUUCGACGCCUUCUUCUUGGUCGAGUAUCUCAGGCAGUGGGCUGGAAGGGGUCAGCGACUCGUAGUUCUGACAUUACAUCCGCCGACGUAUGAGAUUCUCACGAUGGUCUCGAGAGUCGCUCUUACGUCCGGGGGAAGGAUCAUGUAUUCGGGACCCAGAAGAGACAUGUUGCCGUACUUCGCCAUUGCCGAGUUCCCCUGCCCUCCGUUCAAAAAUCCCUCCGAUUAUUACUUGGACCUGGUGACUUUGGACGAUCUCUCGGCCGAGGCGAUGUUGGAGUCCUCGCAGAGGAUAGACCAUCUGGCGGAAUUAGCCAGGGCGAGAUUACCUGGCCUGACUGAUCCUGACCCACCUGGUGCCCUCCCACCUUCCAUAUCCACAGCGAACUUCUUCGUGCAGAUCUACGCUCUGCUUCUGCGGUCUCUGAUCUACAGUCAGCCCUGGGCUCUGACUAGGUUACUACAGAAGAUCGUCAUUUCUGCAUCGCUCAGUAUUCUGUUAGGCUUCGUCUUCUGGGACGUCGCUGGGGAAGGAAAUUUACAUCUGAGGGACAGAGUGGGCUUUCACUACGCCAGUUUGGGAAUUCUUUCCUGGCCUUUGGGCCUUGUAGCCAUUUGCGAAGUCGCAGGGUCCAGGCCUAGCGUUGAAAGAGAUACCAAGGAUGGAUUGUACGGCAGAUUUGUCUACAUCCUUGUGGAGCUUAUCUGUAGCGUACCUUCAUGGUGCGUGGUGUACUUGACGUACCUAGCUCCAGCAUUCGCAAUGUCCGGCUUGCAUUUGGCCCCUGACGAAAACCUCACUUCCUUGUGGAAUUAUCUGGCCCUCGGACUGUUAUACCUGAUGGUGCAGCACUCAGUUUGUGUGCUAUUUGCCUACAUUUGUAAAUGGCCGAGUUUGGCCGCCCUGCUCACAGGAAUCGUCUGUGGCGAGAUGAUUCUUGGUGGAGGAGUUACUCUCCACCUGGAAAACUUACCCCAGUGGUACCGGAAACUCAGUCCUAUGCAGUGGACGUUGUCCCAAUUGUUGCCGCAGGUUCACGGCCAGGAAGCCGUGACCAAAUUGACGAACUGCAAGGCGAAACAGGUGCAGCGACAGGACAUCAUCAUGCAAGCUUCUUGCGAGCCACCGGACGGAGCUUUGGCUCUGCGAGAAAUUGCGCUUGAUCAGUUCGACGCUCGUUCUAACCUGUGGCUGGGAAUAUGCCUAGCUGUUGUUAUAGUUCUUGUAAUAUUAGGAUUUCUCCUCGUCAGAUAUAACAGACCCAAACGACCCAGGAGCGUACCUAACAAACCUUAA